AAACAAAGACCAAGAAGAGUUUGUUUACUCUAAAACGAUUUCUCUGUGAAAAGUGAUAUGUAUUGAAGAUGGCUGGCUUGAGCAGAUCAUUCAGAAAAGCUGAGGAACUGAGAAUAGUGCUACUAGGGUCAUGCAGAGAUGUUAAAGCCUCAUGUGGAAAUACGAUCCUGGGACUGCAGAAAUUCUCAGAGUCACAGAGCACCAUAGACUUCGAGUGGCAUGCUGGUUUGGUACUGGAACAACAUUUGAUGAUCAUCAACACUCCUGGCCUGCUUGAACUCAUUCCAUCCGAAGAUCAAGACCUGCGGAGUCUCAUUGAUCUGGCUUUCCCUGGCCCUCAUGCCCUGUUACUGGUCCUUAAGUCUGGAACAUUGACUGAUGUAGAAAAUGGGGCUCUCAAGCUCAUUAACGUCAUUUUUGGUGUGGGUGCAUCUGAUUAUGUGAUUGUUGUUUCUAUGCACGAGGAUCAGGGUUACAUGAACAUGAGUGAACUUAACGGUGUCAACCGAGAAAUGGAGUCUCUCCAACAGACCUGGAAACGUCCAUACCAUCAUCUACACAGGAAUGGAGACCAGUCACAGAUACAGAAACUUCUGGAAAGCGUUAAGAAGAUGGUUGAGGAAAAUGGAGGCCAUCCCUUGAGAAUCCCUGUAGAGUUAAGGCUUGCUCAGAAAAGACAAACCCAUCUGGUUUUUCGGAGACGGGUGUGUAGCAUGACCCCAGUUCAGAAUAAAGAGCCUGCAAUAUCAGCACUUCAGGCAAGACCCAGAGGGUUGCUUCGAUCAAACUCCACUGCUGGUGCUGAGAAAAGCUUGGAGUGUGUGAGGAUCGUCCUGAUUGGAAAAACUGGAGUAGGAAAGAGUGCAACUGGAAACACCAUCCUGGGACGUAACAUAUUUCAGUCAAGGCCCAGCAUGACCUGUAUAACCAAGGUGUGUCAGAGAGAGAGUGGAAUUGCCUGUGGUCGAGCUGUGACAGUGGUGGACACACCAGGACUCUUUGACACCAGCCUCAGUAAUGAAGUGAUCCAGCAGGAGAUCAUGAGGUGUAUUGAGCUCUCGGCUCCAGGACCACAUGUGUUUCUGCUGCUCAUCUCUAUCGGCCCGUUCACACGAGAGGAGAGAGAAACCCUUGAACUCAUCAAGAUGACCUUUGGACAGAACGCCAAGAGCUACACCAUGGUGCUCUUCACCAAAGGAGACAAUCUCACAGAUUUAAGUAUUGAAGACUACAUUGAAGAUGGAGAUUCACAUGUCAAACAGCUGAUCCACGACUGUGGAGGAAGAUUUCACGUGUUCAACAAUAAACAGAAGGACCCUGCUCAGGUUGUUAGUCUGCUGAAGAAGAUAGAUAAGAUGAUGUGGGAUAAUAAUGGCAGUUUCUACAAUGAUCAAAUGUUACAGGUCUUUAAUAAAGAGAGAGAGUAUAAGGUUAGACUAGAGAUAAAGGCUAUUGAAGCCAAAUAUGAGACCAAAAUCGAAGAGAUUCAAGACAAACUGGAGCAGGAGCAAGCAAAACUUAAAAUAAGUGAUCGUCUACUAAUGGAGACAGAGAAUAAAUUGUUAGGAAAAUAUCAGAGUAGAAAAAUGACAGAAGAAACAGACACAAAAGAACGUGAACAGUAUAGUAGUGGAUUUAAAUCCCAAGAGGGGGGAAUGACGUAUGAAGCAGAAGAGCUAACAGAAAAACAGGUAAAUAGUGUAAGACAAUCUCAUAAAGAUCACAAGACACACAAAAAAUGGAGGGUUAUUGAAACUUUUAAAAAGAAAAGUUACAUUUGUGACCUGAUAUUCAUUUCCUCUACCUCUCGCUGUCUGCGCUCUGCCUCGAGUCCAAUGCUGUUUCAGCCUCGCUGCAAACUCAGCACCAUGGGAGGAAACAUUAUGGCCUAUGUUAGGAAGCUUCUAGAGUAA